AUGAGCCUGAAUCAAGCCCGUCGUCGCCGUAGUACUGGCAGUAGUAUUGGCAGUGGUGCAAGUGGUGGCUCUGUUUCUGCCACCACUUGUUCCACUGUCGCCACAAAUGGAAUGGAAGAAGGUGACAAUGAAACAGCUGUAUUGGGUGGCAAAUUUGGUGGUGCUGCCUACGAAGUCUACAAGUUUGAGCCAUCUGAGGAUGCGAUCAUAGCAAUCCUUAGCUCGAAGAAAAAGGGCACACCUCUCACAACCAAACCUGAGAAGAUCAAAUUUCUCAAGGCAAUUGUGGAUAACCGAGACGAUUGGUUUGGUCGAGCCAGCAAAUUGGGAGGACCAGAUGGAACCCGGCUUGAGGCUUACAUGCGAGAGUUUAUCCCGAGAUUGACUGAUGCUCGAUGGACUAUGGAGGUACUUGCCGAAAAGAUCUACCAUACUUACAGAGUACUGAAAAAUCCAUUGACACAUCAAGCCGUACUCCCAAUCGAGCAGUUUUAG